GUGGAUUCGCCUGGGACUGCUUUGGAAAAAUUCGUUUUAUUCGAUCCUGAUAAACUGAAUGAUGAAAAUAAGACUCUAAUUAUUCAAUUUCUUCGGGGCGUAACGGGCGUCAUUCCCCAGUUUCAUCGCUUCAGUUUUGAUGUUGAUUACAACGAUUGGAGUGCUAAGAGUUGCAUCAGUGCAGUGUUGCCAGAAGGCUUGUUGUUUAGUGGGUUUACGCAAGCUGGUCAUAUUGUGCACGUGAAUUUACGUGAGGAGAUGUUGCCUUACAAAUAUGUGGUGGGUCAGAUUUUAAGGGAUAAAAUUUCCACUUGUCGCACUGUCGUUAACAAGUUAGAUUUGAUUACAAGUGAAUUUCGAACUUUCGAGCUUGACCAUCUCGCAGGUGAUAAAGACUAUAUUACGACAGUAAACUCUGGCGGGAUGUCGUUUAAAAUUGAUUUUGCAAAGACAUUCUGGAAUACUCGUUUAAGUACCGAACAUAAGCGCAUUUGUGACCAGUUUGAUAGUAAUUGUGUAGUAUUUGACUGCUGUGCUGGAGUGGGACCAUUCGUCCUUCCAGCAGCUCGUCGUCGAAUUCGUGCUAUCUAUGCCAACGAUCUAAAUCCUGAUUGCAUUUAUUUUCUGAAAGAAAAUAUUAAAAUUAAUAAACUUUCUGGCGUUCCAAAUUUCUAUGUCUUCAACAUGGAUGCGGUGGAUUUUAUAAAAGGUGUUGUAUCGGAUAGUUUAACAUCUUUAAUUUUUUGCGACAAAAGGGAAACAAACGGACUUCAGAAAAGCCAGGGCAGCGAGAUUGCAGAUCCUCUUCACUUACCAGGUUACGGAGAUUACUAUUUGGGAAUUAACUUUGUGUUAUAA